AACAUACACACGCAGACUCCUGGUCUCAAACAUCGCUUUACACACAGGCAGGGAUUUUAUGAAGUCUUCACUCUGUGUAUGAGAGGACGUUAAACCAGAAUUAGGACAGCCUUUAAACUUCACAUGGCACAUGGUCUGGAAUCCUAGAAACGGACAAGAGUAAACAACUAUCAACACCCCUCCAGCUUCAUGCUCAAUUUACAAACUGAUUUAAAUUGCAAAACCCAUGGUCUGCUAGUCUCGGACUGGCAUAACUAACUAUGUCUAAGGAUGAGGAAAUUCCGAGCCCACCUCCGAAGUGGCCGGAACACUUUGUGAUGUAAACACAUUGGGAAAGCCUGGAGGAGAAGACAUCAUGAGUAGCAAUCUCUAGGACAUUGUUAUAGUACCUAACAUCCAUACAAACCAAUCCAUCCCAGACUUUCCGUGCACAGAGGACUUUCUUGCCGGCACAAGCUAUCGCCUCCAAUCCUGCUUCUCUGCUCAUCAUGAAGGAUUGGCCCUCCCCUCCUGUUGCCUGAGGUCAAGCCAAGACAACACCACCCUGAUAAGUCUGGCUUAGCAAGCCACUUGAGUUUCAAUGCUCCACGCUGUUCUAAGAUGAGGGUAUGGAAAGAGGUCACCCUCACCUUCAUCCUGUUUGGUGCCUCAUUUUUCCUCCUGCUCAUAAGAAUCACAUUACCAGUUGGGCCCUCCUACCCAAAGGCCUUAGGGAUCACAUCUUACUCACAUCCACCAUCCAAAGCAUCUGCAUCACCACCAUCAUCUUCAUCAUCAUCAACAUCAUCAACGAGAAGGCCAGCCCUACGGCGACGGGUCAGAACUACAGAGAACAUGGGCUCUCUCCUCUCUGAAUUCUCCUACCUCUUCCAAAGCUUCACCGAGGGUGAAUUGAGGAGGGUGAUUGCGACCCUGGUGGACCAAAAGGAGAGGAGGGUCCGAACCGAGGCUGGACGGAGGACCAAACGAGCACGGAAAGGCCCAAAGCCGUGUUCGCUACACGAGAUAGAGCUGACCGUGAGCGAGCUGGGUCUCGGGUACGAAAGUGACGAGACUGUGCUCUUCAGGUACUGCAGUGGCAAAUGCACCCAUGAACGACGCAAUUAUGACUUUGUGAUGGAGCACAUGCAGUUAAAUAACGGCUCCAGCGAGAAAGGCCGGCGAGGACGGGAUAAUGGAAAAACAGACAAGACACGCUACACUCCUUGUUGUCGCCCUACAAAGUUCGAGAAGAAAAUGUCGUUCUUCGACAACAAGGACAGAUUCUACACCAUCCAGAACGUAUCUGCGAGAGCGUGUGGUUGUGUAUGACAAUCUGGUAGCUAUGGAAACUUCAGGGAGUACGCCUGUACAUUACCAUGGCAAAAGAGGAUGCUUUGAGGCUUGUGGCUGUGUGGAAUUCCAUGGUAUCUGUAGGAGCUUCGGAAAGUGUUACCGAGUGACGCAGAAGACUACGGAGCUAUCCAAGAAUGUAGGGCAAAUUGCAAUUUUAAAAGAUGCUAUGCCACCAUGGAAAGAGUCAAAGCUGCAGAAAGAGUGUUCGAUAAACACCAAAGACAAAGCCAGUAACAAAGUCUUAAGCCAUGGCAACUAUGUAAAUUAAACCUAGAGUUUGAUUACUGGCACAGGAAACUGGUUAGUACUGACCAAACUGAUUACAAAAGAUUGCAAGGUCAUAUUUUUAACCAGAGGUGGAUGGCCGGUUUAAUCAGAUGGGACCAAAAGCAGGCGGGAGAUACUCCACAAAAACAAAUACAGAAAAUAAUAUUUAACCAAAGAGAUAUAUGUAUAUUUAUACAGUGGGGUCCAAACCAGAGGUUGCGAUAUUGGAAAAUUCUCAGUCAUUUACCAAUAUAUUUAAACACUGACGGAUAAUUGCUGUCCAUCAGAAAACCACGCACCACUUGUGCUCCAUUUUGAGGAGACACUAUGUCAGUGAUUUACUGCAUGAUAAAGUGCAAAAAAGUAUAAGAAUAAAAGAACAGCACCACAAAAAUAUCUAUAUAUAUCUAUAUAUAUAAUAAUAAUAAUUCAGCCAUUUCUGCCAAUUAUACUUGCAUUUAAUUUUGUUAUUUGAGUGGAAUACCUAAAUAGACUGAUCUUCAGAUGUGCCUCUCAUCUGUGUCACUUCAUGUUGAUAUCAGACACACUGAAGAAGGUCCACAAAGUCUUGUGCAUGUAUGUUUGUGCUUUUUUUUUAAAUUUCCAAUCGGAUGGUUAUUUCCUUUCAAAGCCACACAUAACCGGCAAAGAGUUUACAAAUGUUGUUUUAGCACAGCAGUUGAUUGACAGGUAGAGCUUUCACCCUAGAACUAGAAAAAAGCCAUUAUAAUGGAUGCUAUGAACCUGAAUGUGGCCUUAGUACUUAUGAAAUUAAAACGAGUAUAACAUGUAAAAACAAACUCGAGCACUUGUGAGUCGAAAGUGUCAUAGAAGCACCACAAAAUGGUGUGGUUGCCUCAGCAAUUGCGUUUUUCGUCGCACAUUUGCUUUUUCUGACACUAUCGGUUUAGGUUUAAGGUUUAG